AGGGGGCGGCGCGGGGCCGGGCCGGGCCGGGUCUGUCCGCGCUCCCUCCCCCGCUCCCCGCCUUCCCUGCGCGUCGGAAACAUGGCGGCGGCGAGGGACUGAGCACCCCAGCGCUCAGCGGCCGCGCAGGUUUUGAUAUGCCGCAGUAUUUGUACUGACUUUACUGUCUUGUAGGAAUGAUGGGGAACUAGAGCCCAUGACAGUUCAGUGGAGCCGUUGGCACUUUUGAUAUCUCGACAUCUUCAGUUAUCUAAAACCAAGCCAGUCCCAGGAUAAGGACGGCAGCAGGUGAUAUAAUGCGGAAACCAGGCCCUCAAAAAGCCAUAGACUGGAAAGAUGGUAAAAAGCACAAGUACGGCCGCCCGUCAGAGUCUCCCUCCCAGUACCAAGGUCACUUCACCUGGGAGAAAUACCUGAAAGAGACAUGUGCCAUUCCAGCUCCUGCCCAUUGCUUCAAGCAGUCAUACACUCCACCUGCAAACGAAUUCAAGAUCAGCAUGAAACUAGAAGCCCAGGACCCCAGGAACACCACCUCCACCUGCAUCGCCACCGUGGUGGGGCUGACAGGCGCGCGGCUCCGCCUGCGCCUCGACGGCAGCGAUAACAAGAACGACUUCUGGCGGCUGGUGGACUCUUCUGAAAUCCAGCCCAUAGGCAACUGUGAGAAGAACGGAGGGAUGCUGCAGCCUCCCCUGGGCUUUCGGCUGAAUGCCUCCUCUUGGCCCAUGUUCCUUCUGAAGACUCUGAAUGGAGCAGAGAUGGCUCCUGUCCGGAUUUUUCACAAGGAACCACCAUCUCCAUCCCAAAACUUCUUCAAGACAGGUAUGAAGCUGGAGGCAGUGGACAGGAAGAACCCUCACUUCAUCUGCCCGGCCACCAUUGGGGAGGUGAGAGGUUCUGAGGUCCUCAUAACAUUUGAUGGCUGGAGAGGUGCCUUCGAUUACUGGUGCCGAUAUGAUUCCCGGGACAUCUUUCCCGUAGGCUGGUGCUCGCUGACUGGAGAUAAUCUGCAGCCCCCUGGAACAAAAGUUGUGAUUCCAAAGAGCCCUUUACCUGCCUCCGAAGUAAACUCGGAGAAGCCUAGCAUGCACAGUAGCACAAAGACUGUUUUGGGGCAUCAACAAGGGCAAAGGCGUCGCAAAACAGGGAAGAAGCGUGGUCGAACGACCAAAGCGCUAAUCCAUCACCCCAUGCCUACACCCUCCAAGUCAGUGGAGCCUUUGAAAUUCCCCAGAAAGAGAGGCCCCAAGCCUGGCAGUAAGAGGAAACCUAGGACAUUGCUGAACCCAGCACCCACCUCUCCAACCACCAGUACCCCAGAACCAGACACAAGCACUGUGCCUCAGGACGCUGCUACAAUCCCCAGCUCUGCCAUGCAGGCUCCCACAGUUUGCAUUUACUUGAACAAGAACGGCAGCACUGGGCCCCACCUAGACAAGAAGAAAGUUCAGCAGCUGCCCGACCAUUUUGGACCAGCUCGAGCUUCUGUUGUCCUGCAGCAAGCAGUACAGGCCUGCAUUGAUUGCGCUUAUCAUCAGAAAACAGUCUUCUCCUUCUUAAAACAAGGCCACGGGGGAGAGGUCAUCUCAGCUGUGUUUGAUCGGGAACAGCACACUCUGAACCUGCCAGCAGUAAACAGUAUCACCUACGUCCUCCGCUUCCUGGAGAAGCUCUGCCACAAUCUUCGCAGUGACAACCUCUUUGGGAACCAGCCUUUCACUCAGAACAGCCACAUGCAGCGGGCACACGAGUACGACCACGACAGGUAUCUACCAGACAGAAGCAGUUCGUUAGACGGCACUCUGCAGGGACCAGGCCGGGGUGCAAAGCGAUAUUCCCAAGAUUCCCCUCCAUACAGUGCUCCUCUCUCCCCCAAGUUACCAAAGAAUGACCGUCACCCUUUGGAAGGUGAAACCUUUGUUCUGGGAGAUGGCCCCCCAGGGCCCCUGGAGCCUCGCCUGGACCCCAUGGACUCUGCCUUGAACUCUGUCCAUUCAUCCAGCCACAGCAGGAGCUCCAGAGACUAUCGCCUGCAAGGAUACAGGCACCUGCACCAGCCCUCUAGCCUCAGCCAGGGCAGCUCCUCUGCCUUGCGCAGGCUUAGCUCUGGGGGCUCGGAGCGGUACCUCGGCGCUCGGGACGUCUCCCGGCUCAGCAGCCGCGACCCCUCGUCCUGGACGGUGGAGGAGGUGAUGCAGUUCAUCCGAGAGGCCGACCCGCAGCUGGGACCCCACGCUGACCUCUUCCGCAAACACGAGAUCGACGGGAAAGCCCUGCUCUUGCUGCGGAGCGACAUGAUGAUGAAGUACAUGGGGCUGAAGCUGGGGCCGGCCCUGAAGCUCACUUACCACAUCGACAAGCUAAAGCAAGGCAAGUUCUGAAAGGACGCUUGGCAGGACGGAUCCUGGACGCUCCGCUCCUGGCCACCCAUACCCGCGCUCGCCUGCCAACAGGUACGCAUGCACACACCCCCAUUUACGCCGCAGACGGACACCUCGCCGACACCCCGGCCCCGCUGCGGGGGUCCAGCCGCCCCCUGUGCCAGCGGCCAGGCCCCGGCGCCGCUCGGGAGGAGGCUGGUGCGCGGCUGCCCCGGGAUUUGACACCGGACUGGAGUCACGUUCAUGCUGUUAGACGCGGAGGGUCCCUCCCUGUGGCCCAGCCCCUGCGUCUCCGCUGCCCUGGGAUGGGGCCGCAGCUCCGGGCUGAGUCCAGCUCCUCUCCCUCUCGCUGCGGCUCGUGUGGUCCCAGCCUCACCUGCUCCUCGUGGCGCUCAGCUCCCCGUGGAGGGCAGCGGGCCGGGGGCUGGACGCUUCGCUGGGCAGCGCGGAUGCAAGGGGGAUGGCAACCGAGCCCCGAGCAACCGCCGCCCCGUCCCCGUCUUCCACGCCUGGGGGAGCCCAAACUGGGCCCCCGCCUCCCGAGCUCCGCUGCCCCCCAGCUCCCAGCCCCCCUUCGGCCGGGGAUGGAGGCUCCGUAUUUAUUUCUGACUGCGGGGCGGCACACGGCGCUGCCCGAGAGUGUGGAGGGAGCUGGGUCUGGUUUCCCCGGCAAGGACAGGCCCGGGUCGGCGUCGCAGGCGGGCUGGAUGCUGCAGGACUCAACUGAUCCUUCUCUCUUUUUUUUGGAGGUUUUUUUUUUUAUAGGGAGUUCUCUGUUUAAAAAGAUGAAAUGAUUUUUCUACCUGGUGUUGAACUCGCAGCUCUUGGAGAUUUUUAGCCAGAAAUGCACAGGAUUGUCUUCCCAGGGGCCUCCUGGUCCUCUGGUGUCUCGGUCUGUCCCAGCUCAGCGGGUACAAGAGGGUGUUGGGUUGGGCAAGCCCGAGGAUGCCAGCGCGGUGACCUGUCCCUGUGCUGCUCCUCCUGCCGCCAGCACCCGUUUGUUUCAGACAGUCUAAUGUAUUUAUUUUUGAUGGCACUUGAGCAGUAACUCACUGUCCCAGACACGUUACUGCAGCUGCAAGAGGAGUAUUGGAGCAGGGGCCACCCAGCCGUGCCACCGCGUCCCCUGGGACAGGGGCUGCCCGUCCCCUGCAGCAUCUCCUGCCCUGGGACCAGCCAGCGAGGCGCUGAUGGUGACAAAGGGCUGAUGGUGACAAAGGGCUGAUGGGGAAGCUGCCCCGGCAGCACCCACAGUCCUUGGUGCUGCCUGAAGGGCUGGGACGGGAUCUCCACUGCGAGCACUUGUUCCCUGUGCUGUCCUCAGCUCCCCCUGCGCAUCCAGAGCAGCGUCUCACCCCCCCGGCAGCAGCAGAACGGGCCCCCAGGCUCUCCAGUCUCGUGCGCUGGGUCAGGUUUACCCCUAAGGGGAAAAGUUGCAAAAAGAAAAGUAAUCAAAAGGCCUUUUGUUGUCCAGCACAGGCUGCGCUGCUGCACCAGUGCGGGCCGGGGCAGGUGGGGCUGCGGUCCCCUCGCUCACGGCAUCGGCCCCGGGACACCCCUCGUCUUUACCCGCCGCUGAUCCCGCUGCAGACAGGUCCCCGUGCGGGGUCAGCCAGUGCUUUCCUCUGCACUUAUUUACAUUGAUUUGUUUAUAAAUAAAAGAAUUACUAAGU